AUGAAGGCCUCACUUUCCGUUGUUCUUUUAUUUACAUCUGGCCUUCUAGCCAGCCCUGUUCCUGAGGCUGCCUCUUCAGUCACCUCAGCCCAGAGCACUCUUCCCACUCCACUUACUCUCCCGACCCCUGCCGUUCUCCCGGCACUCCCUGAUGAGACUACUCCCGUGGAUCCCUUCAUCACCCCUAAGAAGUGUCGGAAGCCAAACCAAGUAUGGGUUGAGUGUGGAUCAGCAUGCCCUGCCAGGUGCUGGCAGCCGCCUCCCACCUUCUGCACACUGCAGUGCGUUAUCGGGUGUCAAUGCGCACCGGGAUACUUCUUGAACAAGGCUGGCGCUUGCGUGUCGGCUCUCUCGUGCGUGUGGGAUAUUUUCAACAAGAGUUCUUAA